GUUCUUCUACAUUAUAGGAUAACUGUCAAAGAGACUGCCACGGGGUGGUUGUGUAGUGUUGACAGUUCCUUAAAUCUGUUUUUUCAUAACUCGGUAGAGCUAAGUUUUUCUAUAGCAUUUCUAUUAAUUCGUCCCUAAACGUUUGCAGUCAUGUUUAAAAAGUUCGACGACAAGGAAAGUGUUUCCGGUGUUCAGCAACUCAAGUCUUCAGUACAAAAGGGAAUACGUGCAAAGCUGCUAGAGAGCUACCCCCAUCUCGAAGGAUACAUUGACGAAGUAUUCCCUAAAAAGGAUGCAUUUCGCAUUGUUAAGUGUCAUGAUCACAUAGAGAUCCUUGUGAACGGAAAUGGAGAGCAACUGUUUUUCCGUCAUCGGGAAGGGCAGUGGAUGCCGUCGCUUCGCCUUUUGCAUAAAUAUCCAUUCUUUUUACCUAUGGAACAAGUUGACAAGGGUGCAAUUCGAUUUGUAUUAAGUGGAGCUAAUAUUAUGUGCCCCGGACUAACGUCACCUGGUGCAUGUAUGACUCCCGUAGAUAAAGGCACUGUCGUUGCUAUAAUGGCUGAGGGUAAACAGCAUGCCCUUGCCGUGGGCAUUACGACCCUUUCGACUGAGGAUAUAGCUAAAAUUAAUAAAGGAAUUGGCGUAGAGAAUUGUCACUACUUGAACGAUGGACUGUGGCAGAUGAAACCUAUUAAGUAGAGAGAGUGAAUAAAAUCAUGUUUAUUUAAAAUGUCUAAAAUAAUGCGUAUGGAUUGUGAUUAAUACAAAAACUCUUUUUUAAUUUUACUUUAAUCUAGUUCCGUGCUGUAUUUUGUACAAAUAAACGACGAAUGCGCCAUAGGAA